AUGCAGUUUCUAGGAGAAAAGACGCAAGAUCAUUUCGUAACGAGGAGAGGAGAGUUCAGAUUGUCCGAGUCUCUGCAUGAAGGAAUGAGAAUCCGCCGUCCUUCUUCUUCUGCUGUUACUUGGACCUUAAAUCAUCACUCGCCACUCUUUGCAUCUCCAAGCACUAACAUUCCUGACCGUUAUCCGACGUAUCAAAUUGACAAGGCGUCCCCUCAGUUGCCUCUGGAUGUGUGGAGUCGAGUGCGUCCAGCGCCUAUAGAGACCUCGUCCUGCUACAUCACCCAAGAACAGACGCAACGGAACCCGUUUAACUCUUCUCCCUUCCGACUGAGUCACGACCAUGCUGGACGCCGCCAAUUAUAUCACUACAACGUCGAUCCGUGUAAAAUUCACGUCCCAACCGAGACUACGGGGACGCGACACAUUUACCAUCAAGGACUGUGCAGGAAACAUAGGAGAAGUGACAAGGUUCAUCGUCAUUUGUCACCAUCUCAUGUAGGAUUCAUGGAUCGACAUGCGGAGGAGAUUGACAUGAGUGUCAAGAAACGGCGACGCGUGGUAACACCAACGCCGUUACCUUGUCAGCCUCUCUACGAGCCAGAGUACGGAAUGACCGUACUGAAAACGUCAAGGUCGCUUGAAGGCUCGAGUUAUGUUCCCAAUAUUAAGUCUGAUACGGAAGGCAGCGUGUCGGCACCUGGACUGCGCUAUAUCCGAGGUAAUUUGCGUGAAAUGAAGAAAGUUGAGUUACCUAGUAUGGUCGGUCCACGUAUCACCUAUAGUGAUGAAAAUGAAGGAGUCUGUAGCAAGACUGCUUUUGCAACUGGGAAGAAAAAGACGGUGGCGCCAGCUCGUCGGAAGCAAACUUGCGUGAAAAAUUGCGAGGCUUUUGCUAUUACGACGCUGGCAGUCAAAUUCAAGGAGCUUCUAAAGUCUAACAGUGUUGUGCGCACUCGCCACGACGAGAUCGACUGGCUAGCGAUGUUUUUGAAAAUUGGUUUUGAGCCGUCUAGUAUCUACGCCCUCAUGUGCCCUUUGCGCAAGGGGCGAUGGAAGCUAGAGGAAGAAAGUUACACUAUGGGGCUGCUUCGACUUAUCGAGAGGGGCACAAUACUUUUGCGUCACGGCCAGAGUAUCCGUGGAUAUAUUGGCGAGAAGUUACAUAGUGAUGACAUGCGAGUGCUCAAAAAGCUUAGCAAUUGUAACAUGUUCCAUUUUGCCAAGCUUAUUAACCCGAGACUUGCAGAAGAGGAGAAAGUGGACAUGAGCAUAGUUGGUGCACGAGAAGAACUGGAGCGAUUAGAGCAGCUCAAAGGUGACUUUUUGCGUUCCGUACAGCUAGAAGCACUCGUAGCUGUGCGCAAACAUCUUAGUGAUAGUUCCUUGCGUGAUUUGGUGAGCAUGCGUAGGUGA